CUGCCCUUGACGUCAUGUUUACGGGCACAGAAUGGACCUCUCUAAGAAAAUGUUGUUGUUAGGUGUUACGUGCGCAUGCCGCCAUGCAGCACUACGGGGUGAACGGCUACUCGCUGCACGCCAUGAACUCUCUCAGUGCCAUGUAUAACCUGCACCAGCAGGCGGCCCAGCAGGCCCAGCACGCCCCGGACUACCGGCCGUCAGUGCACGCUCUCACACUGGCCGAGCGCCUGGCUGACAUCAUCUUGGAGGCCCGCUAUGGCUCGCAGCACCGCAAACAGCGCCGCAGCCGCACAGCGUUUACAGCUCAGCAGCUCGAGGCCCUGGAAAAGACCUUCCAGAAGACCCACUAUCCGGAUGUGGUGAUGCGUGAGAGGCUGGCCAUGUGCACCAACCUGCCUGAGGCCCGGGUGCAGGUGUGGUUCAAGAACCGCAGGGCCAAGUUCCGAAAGAAGCAGCGCAGCCUGCAGAAAGAGCAGCUCCAGAAGCAGAAGGAGGCCGAAGGCUCCCACGGGGAAGGCAAGACAGAGGCCCCAACCCCAGACGCCCAGCUGGAGACGGAACAGCCCCCGAGCCUGCCCAGUGGUGACCCUCCCGCUGAGCUUCACCUGAGCCUGUCUGAGCAGUCGGCCAGUGAGUCAGCCCCUGAGGACCAGCCAGACCGGGAGGAGGAUCCCCGGGCAGGGGCCGAGGACCCCAAAACUGAGAAGAGCCCUGGGGCUGAGAGCAAGGGGCUGGGCUGCAAGAGGGGCAGCCCCAAGGCAGAUUCCCCAGGCCUGGCGCUGGCUCCUGCAGCCCCGGGGGGUGGCCUCCUGGGCCCCUCCCACUCCUACUCCUCAUCCCCGCUGAGCCUCUUCCGGCUGCAGGAGCAGUUCCGCCAGCACAUGGCUGCCACCAACAACCUCGUCCACUACUCGUCCUUUGAGGUGGGGGGCCCGGCCCCUGCCGCCGCUGCUGCUGCCGCAGCCGCCGUGCCCUACCUGGGCGUCAACAUGGCCCCGCUGGGCUCCCUACACUGCCAGUCUUACUACCAGUCCCUGUCAGCGGCCGCGGCAGCCCACCAGGGCGUGUGGGGGUCCCCACUGCUGCCCGCACCCCCCGCCGGCCUGGCACCUGCCUCGGCUGCCCUGAACAGUAAAACCACGAGCAUCGAGAACCUGCGGCUUCGGGCCAAGCAGCAUGCGGCCUCUCUGGGACUCGAUACGCUCCCCAACUGACUGCUGGCCUCAGCCUCAGCCAGGGGUCUUGGGUGCCACCUCCCAGCCCCAGGAUUAUACCCCGAUGGCUUGCAAGGAAUUAACUCUAGGAGCCCAGGGAUCCCGGGGCCUUGGAGUCUUGCUCCCAGUCCCCCUCCCCAAAUCCCAGCCCUAGGUGAAGCCCACACUUGCACACCCUCUGCAUGGCCCUUGCUUGGAUCCCAUGGAGGCCACAGGGGGGUGGGGGAGGCGAGGCCAGGGUGCCUGCGGCCUUCUGGGGAGUGAGGCCCACAGGAGCCAGAUCCUCACCCCAGCACAGCCUCCUCCCUGCCUGCCCUCCCUCCUCUCUGCCCCCUAGUAAGUCGAUGUGUGGAAUGUGAGAUAUAAAUAUAAAUAUAUAAAGCUAUAUUUUCAGGCCCCCACCCACCUGCCCCAGGCCCCCUGUAGCCCUUGCCUCCACCUCCGGUGUCCACAUCGCUCUCUGGCUCUUUCUUCCGAGACCUGCCUGUGUCCUGUUGCCUACCCACUCUCCCCAGCCUCCAGCUUCCCCUGCUCUGGACCUUGGCCCAACAUCUUUCCUCCCAGCUCCUGCUUUCUUUCUUUGGUGCUGGCUGUGUGGUGGUGUCAGUCCCCAAGGCUUUGUUUUGUUUGGGAUUGUGACUUUUUGGUCUUAGUAAUUCUGCUUCUUCCUGUUCCUCGCCGCCUACUUCUUCCCACCUGCCUGUCCCCUCCCUGCACGGGUCCUCUUAGGCUGCUGUCCCUUUCCAUCCCCAGUGGAGGUGGGAAGGCCUCUGGCUGGAGACCCCCCGCUGCCCCUGGAGGAACCAGCGCUGGCCCCCUUUGCUGCCCUCCCUCAGGCCCUGCAUCUAGAAGUAGUCACGUGUCACGUUCUCUUCUCAGCUUUGAAGCCCCAUUCCCAAGAUCAAGGAGGAGGGGAGUGGAGGCAGGAGUAGGGUUGAGGCGGGCAGGAGCAGGGCAGCCUUCCUGCCCAGAAGGGCUCCAGGAAGAGGCCUGCAGCCAGUGUUCAGCCAGGACUGACCGCAGGGCUCUAGAUCUCUCUGGUGAGACUUCUCUGGCUGAGGGCGGCAACAGGGGGAGGGCUGCUCUCCGAGAGAGGUCCCUCCAGGGCAACAGGGUUGGGGGCGGGUUCUCCUCUCCCACUGCCUGGCCUCCAGGUUCAGCCGUUAGAGUCCAUUGCAGGGGUGGGGCUGAGCCAGGAAGCGAGGCGGAAUUCUAACUCCUGUCACACUAAGUGCAAACCACACAGCAGUGCACGGUCUCUGUCUUGCUGACAGGCCAUCUGGGGCCAAGUAUUGAAGUGAGGGCUUCCAGCCAGCUAGUCGCUGACACCGAAAGGUGUGCUCCUCUCCUUGGCCGGGAACCCAGCUCAGCAAACUCCCCUUCCAAGCUGUGUGGCCUGGAGUCAGCCCAUAGCCUCUCUGGGCCUGUGUUCUGGGCUGGAUGAGAUGGCCUGUAACAUCCUGCUUAUCUGUGCUCACAUCCCUGGCAGGGCAGAAGUUUUUAGUUAAACUAACAACAACAAAAAUGGCAAAAAGGUUCUAGAAAGUACACUGGAUGAGUUGGAAAAUUACUGUUGCCUUGCUGGGGAGCAAUGAGUGGUGCAGGUGCAAGCUUCUGCAUGGACACAGCCAGUCUCUGGGCCUCAGUUUCCCAAUACAUAGAAUGGGUCCCUUCGAGUUGAGAAAAUCGGGAUGGAAUCCUGAUCUACCUACCUGAGCUAUGGUGCCAGCCUCUGUGGUUGCUCCAUCGCCGUGCCUUCACACAGUGUCAGGGGCUCAGGGCAAGGAGAGGAGAGUGGCCAGCACAGAUUCUGAGUUGUGAUCCCCAACUCUUUGUGACUUGCCACUGAGCCCUCCACCCCCUGCUUAGAGAAACUACAUCUAGAAAGGGGGGUGCAGAGUCCUGAGGUGUGUCUCCUCUCCCUGUGCUGAGGGGCAGGGGGUUGUCUGUUGGUGCCAGGCACUAUUGGCUUGCAGAGUAGAUGAUGCCCAUCAUCCUUGGGCAGGGGGAUGUCCAUCUGAGCUGGGGCAGAUGGAGAAGACUUUGGAUGGGAAAAAGUGAGGGAGAUGGUAGCCGGGGCCCGGAAAGCUAUUUGAACAAGGCAACGGAGUGAGACUAGGUGGCCGGUGGGGCAAGGGGCCCUGGUUUCAUGAGAGGCGAGGUUGAGGGACUUGAAUCCAGGCUAAAAGCUCACCCUGAUGGGGCAGGCACCAAGACAGGCAGGUGGGGGUGGAGGGGGUGAGUUGAACCGGGAUCUGGGAUCUGGGAUUUGGAAGGUGAAUCCAACAGCCACAGGAACAUCAGAUGAGAGGAGACUUAGGCAGAAGGACUAAAGCAGGGAGGCGGUGGAGACACUAGGAGACAGAAGGGAUUUUUGGUGUGUCUUCUGGGAUCAGUUCCAGGAAGGUCUGUUUCUGAAGUGAAAACAGUCUCAUCUAGACCAAGCAUGAGCACUGAUGCUUUUCCCAGUCUCUGGAUGCAGGAGACUGUCAGUGGGCUUUGGAAUCCAGCAGCUCUGGACCUCACCACCUCCUCCAGGAAGCCUCCCCUGAUCUAAGGGGCAGAUCCAUCCUGGAACCAUGUUCUGUCGUGGCUGGAGCCAGGCCCCCCUCAGGCUCAGCCAGCUUCCCCCAGAUCUUUGUCAACACUUCAUUCGAUUGAGCCGGCUACACCAGCCCAGAGAAGACAGGGAGAGCGUGUAGGACCCCCGGCACCUGGAGUGGGAGUCAGCCUAGUUUAGGGGACCAGACUGAGUUCCUGAAAGCGCUGUCCUGAGUCUCCUACAGGACCCUGAGGGUAUGGGCUUGGGGAGGGCCCCUGGCCCCUGAGAUGGAGGCCUUUCCAGGCCUGCUGGCUGACGCUGAGACUCCAUCUCCGACUCUUCCUUCCAGGAAGGUCUCCUUCCUCACCCCUCCCUCUGAUUUGAGGGCUCCGUUUCCCUGCUUCUUCACUGCUGCAGAGCAUGGUCCAGGAGCCUGGGCCUCUCCCUGACUCUGCAGCUGGCGGGCUGGACAGACUGCUUUCCAUCCCAGCUGCUUUGUGACCAUUUGUGCUUAGAGGUCAUGCCAGGCCGUGGCAAAAGCACUGUGUACCGUAUUUAUUUAUUCUGUUAGCUGAAAUAAACAAGACUCAGAUUUCCCCCUCCCUGCCCUGCCUCCUGUGUAGUGCAGCAUGACGCUCUGUCCUGUGAUCCGUCUGUCCGUCUGACUUCCUGUGAUGUUGUGACCUGUUCUUUGUCCUUCUUGGCUAAUAAAAGAA